UCCAAAAGGAUGGAGUUGGGAAAAGGAAGACUUCUCAGGACGGGGCUGAAUGCGUUGUAUCAGGCAGUACACCCAGUUCAUGGCCUUGUCUGGACUGAUGGGCGUCAGGUAGUCCUGACUGAUUUACAGCUUCACGGUGGAGAGGCCAGGUUUGGGGACUCCAAGGUCAUUGGACAGUUUGAACAUGUGUACGGAGUGUCCUGGGCCCCCCCUGCUGUGGCCGACGUGCCCGCCGUGCUCGCCAUCCAGCACAAGAAGCAUGUCGCUGUGUGGCGGCUCUGUCCCAGCACUACGGAGACAAGCAGAUGGCUGAUGUCACAGACCUGUGAAAUUAGAGAAUCACUUCCUGUCCUUCCCCAGGGCUGUGUGUGGCAUCCAAAGAGUCCUGUCCUGGCUGUGCUGACGGCACAGGAUGUGUCCAUCCUCCCAAGCGUCCACGGUGACGAUCCCCGGGUGAAAGCAGACGUCGACACGGGGGGCCUCAUUCACUGUGCCUGUUGGACCCAGGAUGGCCGGAGGCUGGUGGUGGCAGUUGGCAGCAGCCUGCAUUCCUAUAUUUGGGACAGUGCUCAGAAGACUCUUUGCAGGUGCUCCUUCUACCCGGUGUUUGCUGUGGACAGCUACGUGCGCUCCAUGGGAGCCACCGCGGACUCACAGGUCGCUGUGGUGACUGAGCUUCCGCUAGCUAAGAUUUGUGGCUUAAAUGCAUCCGAAGCCUUUGAUAUUCCUGCUGGCGGGGAAGACACUCGUCUGUGUGCUUCACCGGCUACUGAUGAAGCACCCACCAGGGAUCAGGGGGCGGUUGCUUCCAAAACACACUUUGAAACCUCAGUUUCUCCCGUUUCUUCUUCCUUUUCAGAUUCUCUGGAUCUAACUCAUAUACAUUCCAAUACCGCCAAAUCUGAGGGUAGUUCUCUUAUUCGUCUAAGAAAAAAGGACUACUUGACAGGAACCGGCCUGGAUUCUUCACAUUUGGUCCUUGUGACCUUUGAGAAAGAGGUCACCCAGACCAGAAAAGUCACCAUUCCCGGGAUUCUGGCUCCCGAUCUAAUAGCAUUUAAUCCUAAAGCACAGGUGCUGGCGGUGGCUUCGAAUACGUACCAUGUCAUUUUUAUCUAUUCUGUCAUUCCAUCCUGUGUGCCAAAUAUCCGGCAGAUUCAGUUAGAGAGAAGUGAAAAGCCGAAAGGCAUAUGCUUCUUGACAGAUAAGUUAUUACUGAUUUUGGUAGGAGAACAAAAAUCCACUGAUUCAGCAUUUCUUCCUUCUUCGAAGACUGAUCAGUAUAUCAUUCGCUUGAUUGUUAGAGAAGUAACACUGGAAGAAGAAUCUCCAGUAACAGCACGUGAAAACCAGAGUGGAGGCUCUACUCUCAGUACUCUAUUAAAUAAAACAGAGAGAAAAAAGCUAAUUGAAAGUCUUUCCCCAGAUUUUUGUCACCCAAACAGAGGGCUCUUAACAGCUAAUGGCAGUGGGCAAAGCGGGAGGCCUGGAAAAGCCCUUCUUAAAGAAAUCAAAAGUCCUCCCACCGGUGUCUGUGACGGCCCCAUCGCCCUUGACGCUCUAGAUGCUGAGCCCGUUAACCGCUCGGUAACGCUGGCCAGAUCCAGCAGCACACCCCACCGCACCCCAGCUCCCGAACCUCCUGAUUGGCCUCCAAGCAAGAACUCACAAAGGGAAAAGGAAAUUUCCCGGCUGUCUAAGGAAAUGGAAAUUUUAUCUAGGACCCUGACUGAAGUGCAGCGACGUCUCUCUGAACUCACAGACGUUCUACAAAAGGAGAAGUCCUCUCCUGGGUAUCCACUCUCUCAGGACCCGCCCUAUGUGCACGUCGCUUAUCAGAAAUCUUAUUAUGUAGGUCCUGUUGUUGAAAAAAGAGCUGUACUCCUCUGCAAUGGCAAACUAAGGCUCAGUACAGUCCAGCAGACUUUCGGCCUCUCUCUUGUCGAAAUGCUCCAUGACUCGCACUGGAUCCUUCUCUGUGCUGAUAGCGAAGGCUUCAUCCCGUUAACAUUCACGGCCACCCAGGAAAUAACCAUCAGAGAUGGCAGCGCAAAUGUCUUCACGGACUCUGUCUCAGAGUCUUAA